CGACCCCCCUCCCCCGGCCGCUCGGGGGAGCCCGGGAAGGGAGCGCGCGGCGGGACGGGCGGGGGCGGUGUAGCCCGGCAGCCGCCAAGGCUUCCGUCUCGCUCUUUCGCUCGCUCGCGCAGCGGCGGCAGCAGAGGUCGCGCACAGAUGCGGGUUAGACUGGCGGGGGGAGGAGGCGGAGGAGGGAAGGAAGCUGCAUGCAUGAGACCCACAGACUCUUGCAAGCUGGAUGCCCUCUGUGGAUGAAAGAUGUAUCAUGGAAUGAACCCGAGCAAUGGAGAUGGAUUUCUAGAGCAGCAGCUGCAGCAACAGCAGCCUCAGUCCCCCCAGAGACUCUUGGCGGUGAUCUUGUGGUUUCAACUGGCGCUGUGCUUUGGCCCAGCACAGCUCACGGGUGGGUUCGAUGACGUUGACGUGUGUGGUGACCCAGGCGUUCCAGAGAAUGGCUUCAGGACCCCCAGUGGAGGAGUUUUCUUCGAAAAUGCUGUAGCCCGAUUUCACUGCCAAGACGGAUUCAAGCUGAAGGGCUCUACAAAGAGACUGUGUGUGAAAUACCUUAAUGGGACCCUAGGCUGGGUCCCAAGUGACAAGCCUGUCUGCAUACAAGAAGACUGCCGCAUCCCCCAAAUUGAAGAUGCUGAGAUUCAUAACAAGACAUAUAGACACGGAGAUAAGUUAAUCAUAACCUGUCAUGAGGGAUUCAAGAUCCGGUACCCUGACCUGUACAACAUGGUUUCAUUGUGUCGUGAUGAUGGGACAUGGGAUAACUUGCCCAUCUGUCAAGGUUGCCUGAGACCUCUAGCCUCUUCCAACGGCUACGUGAACAUCUCGGAGUUCCAGACCUCCUUCCCCGUGGGAACUGUGAUUGCCUAUCGCUGCUUCCCUGGCUUUAAACUUGAGGGUUCUGAGUAUCUCGAAUGCUUACACAACCUUAUCUGGACGUCUAGCCCACCCCGGUGCCUUGCUCUGGAAGCCCAAGUUUGUCCGCUACCUCCUAUGGUGAGUCACGGAGAUUUCAUCUGCCACCCGAGGCCUUGUGAGCGCUACAACCACGGGACCGUGGUAGAGUUCUACUGUGACCCUGGCUACAGCCUCACCAGUGACUAUAAGUACAUCACCUGCCAGUAUGGAGAGUGGUUCCCUUCCUACCAAGUCUACUGCAUCAAAUCAGAGCAAACGUGGCCCAGCACCCACGAGACCCUCCUGACCACGUGGAAGAUUGUGGCAUUCACAGCCACCAGCGUGCUGUUGGUGUUAUUACUCGUCAUCCUGGCAAGAAUGUUCCAAACCAAGUUCAAGGCUCACUUCCCCCCAAGGGGUCCUCCCAGAAGUUCCAGCAGUGACCCUGACUUUGUGGUAGUGGAUGGAGUGCCCGUCAUGCUCCCAACCUACGAUGAGGCUGUGAAUGGAGGCUCUAGUGCCUUAGGCCCCAGGUACCUGGCCUCUGUGGGCCAGGGCUGUCCUUUACCUGUGGAUGACCAGAGCCCUCCAGCAUACCCUGGCUCCGGGGACACGGACACAGGCCCUGGGGAGUCAGAAACCUGUGACAGCACCUCGGGCUCUUCUGAGCUGCUCCAGAGUCUAUAUUCAGCCCCCGUGUGCCAAGGGGGCAGCCACCCUGCCCCAGACACCCCUGACACGAUUUCGAGCACAGCAGGGGAGGUGGCAUCCACCAGCCCAGGCAUCGACAUUGCAGAUGAGAUCCCUUUAAUGGAAGAAGAUCCCUAGCUGUGUGAAGUCCUGCUAAUGCCACUGUCCCCUGUGGGGGAAAGAGCCUUGAACCUUGGAGUGAGGCCUCAAGAGGACGGAGCUGGGGGAAACCGGGGCAUUUUCUAAUCUAUCUACAUGGGGACAGUGACCAUCCCACACAUCUCCAACAGGACUGCGGGGCUGCAUACCAACAGUGGUCAUACUUCUCAGUGGACUUGUCCUGAGGGAACAAAGGGCAGAGGGGACGACCCUCUGCAUCACCCCCAUGACAGUGUUGACUGUCUCUUGCUACAGAGCACGAGACAGUGCCACACCCCUCCUGACGAAUCACAUAUCCUGUUGGCACUCCCUGCCCCUCUGAAAGCAUGUCACAUUGUGUAAUUCCGCUUCUAAAAUCUGCUUUGAACUGUCUAGGGAACUCUCGCUCUGGACAGGCCUGUCUCUGUAGAAAGCCCAUGUUAACCAGCCAGCCCAGGAGCAGAUCCUUCUCUGCCCUCAUUAGUAAGGGACAGGCUCCCAAGGCAAGACUCUCACGUAAUACUCAGACCAUCUUCUACACGGGGACAACUGUCAAAGCAUGAUGCGGCGGUUCGGAUGAGAAAGGAAAGAAAAAAGAAGCCCACUCUGCUUUCUGGAAAUUUCCUCAUGCAGAGCCUCCCCCCCCUCCCCGCUCUGUGCUGCCCUCCAUGGCCUGGAUGGUGAGACACGUUCAGAUGCAUCUUGGGGUGGACCAAGUGAAUUGGUAAUGUUUGGUUUGGGUGUUUUAAAGACUCCACCCCCAUUUAUCUGCUCGCACAUGCCUUCCUUGUGGGUCGUUGUUACCACAUUGUCUCUGACCCUAAAACUUAACCAUACUUUUAUUUUCCAAAACGGAAAGUUUCUGUAAAACACAUUAUGCAUCUGAAGAAAGCGUAAGUCUGCUUUCUUUUGUGCUGCAGUCUGGAGGCUGACCUCCCAGCCCCGAGCCACCUCUGGCCCUGCCUGCCUGCCACCCUGCAUCCCUACUGUGAGGGUCUCAUGGCGCCCACUGGGUGUUGUGCCUAAGAAAUUGAUUUUAAAGAACCACCCGUUCAAAAGCGUCUCUUCAAAUAUAUGUAGGUCUGUGGUGUUGCUUCCAUUCCUCCUCUGGGUUUCAGACAAAUAUAAACAAAACUCUCAUCCAUAAAAAUCACUGUGCUGGCAGAGCAGCAAGGGCUGGGAGCUUGAUCGAGUCCUGUUUUCUCUCGACACAGACUGAUUAAAAAUUAAAAAGAAAA